GGCCUGACAGGGGAGGAGCGUUGGCGGGCCGCCCCCUCUCCACAGCCUCCUCCCUCGGCGCCAUGGCGGCCCCUGUGCUCGUGCGAGGCGCGCUGCGGGCCGGGAAGGUCCUCGGCGCCGCGGCAGGUAGAAGAUCUCUUCUUUCUGCAGCGUAUGUGGACAGCUCAAAAUGGGAAAACAGACGAAAAGAGGAGCAUAACCUGGCUGAAUUAGCCAACUUAAUGGACAGAACCUAUGAAAGAAAGCUGCCUGUCAGCUCUUUGACAAUAGCCCGGUUUGUUGACAACAUUUCUUCACGAGAGGAAGUGGAUCAAGCUGAAUAUUACCUUUACAAGUUUCGGCACAGUCCGAAUUGCUGGUACUUGAGAGACUGGACCAUUCACAGUUGGAUCAGACAAUGUUUAAAACAUGGUGCGCAAGACAAAGCCUUAUACACACUAAAAAACAAGGUCCAAUAUGGAAUUUUCCCCGAUAAUUUUACAUUCAAUAUUUUGUUGGACUGUUUUAUAAAACAGAAGAAGUAUGAUGAUGCUAUAUCAGUAGUAACAGAGAUCAUGCUACAAGAAAGUUUUGAUGAGCUCUCAACACAGCUUCUUUCUCUCUAUGUUUUAUACCAGCACCUAGCAACCAAGUCUGAACAUACGUGGGAAGAGGAGAGAAAUCUCGGGGCAUCACUACUGCUGACAGGUCUAAAGCAAACAAACACUGUGGGAUUCAGCUCCCAGCUGUAUGGUUAUGCAUUUCUUGGGAAAGUGGAGUUGAAUAAAGGUCUAAGAGCUGUAUACAACCUAAUGCCAUUGAUGUGGACACCUGGAUACUUAAAUAGAGCAUUGCAGGUGAUGGAGAAUGUAGCUUCUUUGCCAGGAGACAGCAAAAUCUGCCAAGAAGCUGUUGAUGUCCUGGAGACUGUUUUACGGUCUGUCCUUGAAGCAAAACCUGGUCCAGAGCCAUCUGAAGAAGCCGAAGAAGUAGAGCAGAAGUCAGAAUAUACAGAAUCGGAAGAAAUGGAGCAGUCUAAAGUACCCGAGUACUACAGCCGAUUCAAGGAUCUGUACUCUAAGCUGCAUUCACUUGGCAAGGUUGAAUCUGAAAGCCUGUUAACCCUGACCACCCAGCUCGUCAAGGAAAAGCUGCCAGCGUGUGAAGUGGAGGACAUCGCAAAGUAUGAGCAGAAGCUAAAGGAGUGGGAGCAAGAACAAGCACUUCUCAUUGAGAGAGAAAGAGAAAUGAGAGAAAAAGCUAAGCAGGAACUGGAAGCUAGGAAGCUAGCUAAGGCAUCUGCUUAAUACUGGAAUUCAGUCUGCCAUAAUGGUCCUCCUGAUGCUUUCUAGCCUUAAGGAAGAGUGGGAGGCCAAACACACUUCUAAGAACAAUUUGGUUAAAACUGGUGGCUACUGAAGUGUCCUUCCUGUGCCUGUGUUCAGUUUUUCAGCACGGGAACAUGGGUUGUACUUCCAAAGGUUCACAAUUGAUCUUGUACCAUCCAGUUUUGUUCUUGACUUCUUGAUACAAGAGCCAACUCUUCCUCCACUACAUUUUUAAGGCAUGGAGGGUCUGCUGUGUGGCCCCAGCCAUCCCAGCUGUUGUUCCCAUGCCUAUGAGAUACUAUCUGGGUAGGCCACAGUGGACACUGCCAUGCUUCUAGCCGCUUGCUGGCAUCUCUUCCUUGGCAGCAUGCAGAGCCUGUUUCUGGCCCCAUCUCUGUGCUCCUCCCCUGCUGGGUGGACAUGCCAGGCUGCUAAUGCUCAUCAGGCUCCAGCAGGCAGCCAGCUGCCACAUCCCUGCUAUCUCACAGAGCAUGCAUCACUUCCCACACAGCUAAGCCCCCUUACCAUUUAUUUAGAUUUAACUGCUAUAGCAACAGAAAAAAAUCUUCCUCUAAGCACUGACCAACCUGUUAAUAUUGCAGGCUCCCUCCUUUCAUUUUCACUUGUAAGCACUGGGUUUGAAUGCUUUUGGCCCAGACUGUAGCCAGAACUCUUGACUAGAUACAGCCUUUUAUCCAGGCGUGAGCUUUAAAUAAACUGUGGAGAACAA